AUGGGAACCCAUCCUUCUGUCCCUUCUAUCAACCCAGACACGGGCAAGAGCUUGCGUGAAAUCAUCUCUGCGGACCCAGAGGCACUUCUAGGUGAUAAGAUCAUUGAGAAGUUCGGUUCCAAGGAAGAACUGCCGUUUUUGUUCAAAGUGCUUUCCAUCCGCAAGGUGCUGUCAAUCCAGGCACAUCCAGAUAAGACCUUGGGUGCGAAAUUGCAUGCUUCAGACCCAAAGAAUUACCCAGACGCAAAUCACAAGCCUGAGAUGGCAGUUGCCGUGACCGACUUUGAGGCGUUUUGCGGAUUCAAGCCACUCAAGGAGAUUGAGCAUUUGCUUGCGACGAUCCCAGAGUUCCAUGCCUUGAUCGGUGACGAAAUCUCCAAGAAGUUCUCAGAGGGAAUUAAGCCCGAUGCUGUACUUGGUUCUGCCGACGAUGUCGCAAACCGUAAGUUGCUGCAACUGGUUUUCGGCAAGUUGAUGAACACUGACGAUGCUACCAUUGCGAAAUCCACGGAUUCACUGGUUGCACGCACCAAGUCGGAACCUGAGCUGUUUGGCGAUGUUCUUGCUGACCUUAUCCAGCGUAUGGAUGCCCAAUUUCCUCACGAUGUUGGUCUUUUCUGCGGAUGUAUCAUGCUCAACCACUGCACUCUUAAAGCAGGAGAGGCUAUCUUUUUGCAGGCAAAGGACCCACACGCUUACAUCAGCGGAGACAUCAUGGAGUGUAUGGCUGCCUCCGACAAUGUGAUUCGUGCUGGUUUCACCCCCAAGUUCAAGGAUGUGGAGGUGCUUGUGGACUGUCUGACUUACUCCUAUGACGAUGUCGAGAAGCAGAAAAUGCAGGCUCCAGGCUUUUCCAGAUCUCACGGAGAUGGAGACUCCAAGCUCUACGACCCACCAAUCGCCGAGUUUGCCGUUUUGCAAACCACCUUUGACGAUUCCAAGGGAACUAGGUGGUUCGAUGCUUUUGAAGGUCCUUCAGUUCUGAUCACUACGGAGGGUAAGGGUUUCAUCCAGAUUAAGGGCGAUGAAGCCACUAGAUUACCAGCCGAGGCUGGUUACACCUUCUUCAUUGCGCCAGGUGCCGAGAUUGAGCUAAUUUCUGAGAGUGACGACAAGUUCACCACCUACCGUGCCUUUGUCGAGGCUUAA